AUGGCUCCAAACUCUACUCGAGUGCUGAAGAGGCACAUGCCACGGGAAAAUUUGGACAAGAAACAGGAUACGAACAAGAAGUGUAAAACUCUUGUUUACAAUCCUCCGACUGAGUAUCUAGAUUCAUCAUCGAUUUACAGAGAACCAACAACGUACAAUAAUUUACUGGCAUCUCUCGGUUUAUCUAACAAGGUUGUUGCUGAUAUGAACAAAAGAAGGCAGAGAGAGGAGGAAGGUAAAAGCGACACAGAAGGAGAUGAUGACGAUGACGAAGAAGAGGAACGAGAUGACAUGGUUGUUCAGACUAUUGGUGAUCUUAAUCAUACUUCUUGUAAAGGGGCUGAUCAGGAAAAUCUUGGAGAUCAUACUGAGAACACAGAGAAGGAGAAGAAUGAUUAUCAUAGUGAGGAAGAAGAAGAUUUCGAGGAUUGUGAAACGGAUGAGGAGGAGCAAGAGUUGAAUACCGAUGGCCAAUCUUCUGUAGAUGCUUCUUCUUCAUUUACUAGUGCAUUUAGUGAUCACCUUAGUCACAAAUUAUCAAGUCAAGAAGUGGAAACUUUACCAAAAGGCAACUGGAAGUUUAAAUGGGAAGCACCUGCCAUUGACAUACCAAAUUGCAUGUGGAAAGGAACAAGACAAAAUUUUCUUGAUGUAUGUGUCCAGAGUGAUGCAACAUACGGACUCAAGCCAAAGUUAUUUAAGCACUGGCUUCAAUUAUACGAUAAAUCUGGAGGAAAAGAUUUCAACUCAUCUAAAAGGAGAAGACUAUUCUCCAUUUGCAACAGCUAUCAGGAUAUUUUGCAUUCUAACAAGAGACCCUUUUAUAAUGGAGGCCUUAACGAAGACUCAAGUGCCAUGGACGCAUACAUUAUGCAUUCUUUGAAUCACAUUUUUAGAACUAGAGAUCUUGUCAACACGAAUGAAAGCAUAAUUUCCAAGCAUAGAGAGACGUUGUCCGAAGAGGAAAUUCUUUCCAAUGGUAGGUUUUUAGACCAAGGAUUUACUCGUCCAAAGGUACUUAUCCUACUACCAUUCAGGAGUAUAGCCUUUCGCGUUGUUAAGAGGCUCAUACAACUAACUCCAGAAUCUCAAAGGGUAAAUGUAGAACACCUUGACCGGUUUAAUGCUGAGUUUGGAUGUGAAGACGAUUCUGAUGAGUGUGAUGGGAACUCAAUAACUCGAAAGCCUUCAAAGCCUUGUGAUUGGCAAACCCUUUUUGGUGAGGGGAACAAUGAUGAUUGUUUUAUGUUGGGCAUUAAGCAUACAAGGAAGAGCAUUAGGCUGUAUGGUGAUUUCUAUUCCUCGGACAUCAUUAUUGCUUCCCCUCUCAAGUUACUUAUGGCCAUUGGUCUAGCAGAAGAAAACAAGGACCUGGAUGUUGAUUAUCUUUCCUCAAUCGAGGUUUUGGUUAUCGAUCAUGCAGACAUAAUAUCUAUGCAGAAUUGGCGGUUCCUUGAAACAGUCGUCGACCACUUAAACAGAUUGCCAUCAAAACAACAUGGUACCAAUGUCAUGCGAAUCCGGCCAUUGUAUCUCGAUGGACAUGCACGGUUCUAUCGGCAGUCAAUAGUUCUAAGCUCUUAUUUAACCACAGAUAUCAAUGCUCUAUUCAAUCACCAUUGCUUGAACUAUAAAGGAAAGAUGAAGCUUGCGUGUGAAUACAAAGGUGUUCUUCAGGAAGUAUUGCUCCCUGUCGAGCAGAUUUAUGGAAGAUUCGAUGCAGACUCCGUGGACCAUGCUAACGAUGCACGUCUUGAAUAUUUUACCAAAAAGAUAUUCCCAAAGAUUAAAGAUUCUGCUCAGGGAGGAGUAAUGAUCUUUAUGAAUUCUUACUUCGAGCUCGUCAUGCUAAGAAGCUUUUUGAAGUCGCAGAAUGCCUCUUUCUGUGUUCUUGGAGAAUAUACAGAAAAAGAGGGUAAAUCCAAAGCACGACAAGAGUUUUUUGAAGGGAACAAAAAGAUCAUAAUUUACACUGAGAGAGCAUACUUCUAUUGGAGAUACAAGAUCCGCGGCAUAAAGAAGUUGAUUUUCUAUUCUCUUCCGGAACGGAAGGAGUUUUACCCUCAGAUAAUGAACAUGCUUGAAGAAUCACAUGACAUGAUGUCCACUGCGCUCUUUUGUCGAUUUGAUCAGCUCAAGAUGGAAAGGAUCGUUGGGCAUGCUUCAGCAAAGAGAAUGAUCAGUUCUGAGAAGAGCAGCUUUUGCUUUCGUCUGGGUGAAUGCAUCAAAGAUCCCAACACCGCGACUCAAACAGAACGGUACUCGGCGAUAUUUAUUAUCCGCCAUCACCUCGCUGAGUCUCUCAAGCAACAAUACCUCACUCUUGAGGAUCCACUCGAACUUUGGGUGGCACUGAAAAAGCGAUAUGACCAUCAGAAAACGGUCAUACUGCCCCAAGCCAAGUUCGACUGGAAGAACCUACGGUUCGAAGAUUUCAAAUCCGUCGAAGAAUUCAAUUCCAAACUCUUUCGGAUAGUUGCACUCAUAAAACUAUGUGGCGAGGAGGUCACUGAUAAGGAUAUGCUAGAGAAAACAUUCUCUACUUUUGGUACUCCCAAUGUUGUUCUCCAACAACAAUACCGUGCCAUGAAUCAUAGCACCUAUGAGGAUUUGAUAUCUUGCUUACUGCUUGCUGAGAAGAACAAUCAGCUUCUGUUGAGGAACAGUGCCAUGCGGCCUCCAGGAUCAGCCCCAUUGCCAGAAGGAACCAGAAAAGAGUCCAACUUCGUCCAACGUAACAGAUCCUCAGAUCGUGGACGUGGACGUGGAAAUGGACAUGGACUGCGCGGCAAAGGACGCGGUAGACCGAACCAAGAUAACCGACCUAACCUCAGUUUUGGUCGGGGUAAGGGUCGUGGUAUCAACAAACCGACCCAAAGAGGCAGUUCAUCUAGACCAACUCCUUGCUCAAGAUGCGGAAUGACUAAUCAUUGGGUCAAGAUCUGCCGUACUCCCAAAUAUCUUGCUGAGCUCUACCAGAAGUAUGGGAAAGAUAAUCAUGAGGCUAACCUGGUUCAUCAAGUCAAUGAAAAUGACUCAAAGGAUGAUAAGAUUGAUGGCAUGGAUUAUGAGCUCUCCGACCUCCUUGAUUGA